AUUUCGCAGAGUUCAACCUUGGGUCUCGCGAGCCCGGAAGAGAAAAAUGGCGGCGCCCACGGGCAAGUUGCUGGUUCAUAGGAUACGGGCGUCACUGACAUGUCUGACCCAAAUCAGGUGGAGCAGGUAUAGCCCCCAAUAUCUUGAUCCUGAAACAGACAAGGAGGUCUACAGCCGCCCCCCGGAGGAGCUGAAUGAGCAGGAGCGGGCAGAACGAGAGCUGAAAAUUGUCAGGCCUAUUAAAGCAGCUCCUUCCAAUGUGACCAGCUCUGUCUUUAGUGACCCAACAAUCAGCAAAUUCACCAAUAUGAUGAUGAAAGGAGGCAACAAGACUCUGUCUCGCUCCAUUAUGAAUCAGACAUUAGAGCAAAUAAAGAGGACCCAGCUCGAAAAAUACUACAAGGCCCCUGAAGAGGAGAAGGCAAGCAUUGAGUGCAAUCCCUACAUUAUUUUCCAUCAAGCUCUGCACAACUGCCAGCCCAUUAUUGGCCUUACCAGCAUUCUGAGGGGAGGCAAAUCAUACCAGGUCCCCACUCCGUUGAAAGAGAACAGGCGCAGGUUCCUGGCUAUGAAGUGGUUAAUCACAGAGAGCCGUGAGAACAAACACCGCCGGACUCUAAUGUAUGAAAAGUUGUCCCAGGCCAUACUUGACGCUUACCAGGGGCAGGGAGAGGUGGUGAAGAAAAAGCACGAGUUGCAUAAAAUGGCUGAAGCCAACAGAGCGUUUGCUCACUUCCGCUGGUGGUAGCCAGUUACCAGGACUUAAACAUAGAGAUAUGUGUUCUUUUUUAUUGAUGAGGCCCUGCAUAAUAAUCCAAGCAUUUUUGGCUGAAAAGGAAUCCUUUACUAUCUGUGUUGGGUAUGCCAAAAAAGUGUGUUGCAAGAAUUAAACCAGAUGGCACAGUAUGAAAAGGCCCCAUUUUGCUCUAUACACACAAAGAAAAGGGUCUAUUAUUACACGUAUUUGUUCCUCAUGUGUGACCCUGUAUACUUUGCCUGGCAGCUAUAAUGGGGCAGGCAAUAACAUUUUUGAAGUCAACAAAAGAUCCAAAAUGAAAGACAUAUGUGUAGCGUAGAAAAACUUUAUUAAUAAAAUUUAUCAUAAAA